UCUGUUCUUCUGGGGAGAGGAAAGUAGACAGGAGGGUAGUCAGGAGACGCUGUAGAAACUCUGAUACUAAUAGGUUAUAAUAAGGUGAAACAUGGAGCACUUCAAGCCAGCAUUUAACAGUCUGAUCGACCAACUGAGAAAAACAGCCAGUUUUACAGUGACCUUCUUCGUUCUUUUUCUUUACCAAGUUGUGUUGGAUGAGCACCUAAAAUGCUCAUGUAAAGACGGUGUUAAACCAGAGGUUACCUAUAACCAGUGUACCAUCUACAUGUUGUUUCCAGCUCUGAUCUUGUUUCUCUUGACUCUCUGGAUGGACGGAGAGUUUCAACGAGUCCUGAGAAUUAUACACAUAUGCAGAUGUAAUUUGUGGAGAAGAUUUUUCGCAAUGCUCUUUAAGGCGGUCGCUAUAGGGUCGCUGUGGGUUGUGUCUGUGCUUUUUGAUGGGGACUGGUACGUGUGCUUUAAAAGAGUGAUGCUUCCCUGCAGGAACAUCACCACACCCUUCCAAGAGGAACUAGAAAAGCAACUCGAAGCUCGUUUCAAAACGGAGUCCAUGGUUAUUGGAUUGGUUCUGGUUCUGGUUCUGCUUGUUGUGACUUCUAUUCUGACUGCAGUACCAUGGAGGGAUGUCUGUUCUGUUAUACGCAGAAAAUGUACAGGGUACCAGAACAUUAACGAUUGCAGUACAAUCAAAAUGUAUCACAAGAUGCUUUAUGAGGAGAGUAUUUUGGAAGAGAUAGACAUUGUUAUUGAAAAAGAGUUAAAGAAAACAGCUAAGGAGUGUGUAGUUCUUAAAAUCAGAGAACUACUACCGCCCUCUUCGAAUGCAGCCCCUCCAACCCACGCCACACAGGGAGGAGACAGGGCAAGCAGCAGCACCACCCGUCCUGAGAUGGAAGAUAGUAGGAGCAGCACCACCUGUCCUGAGGUGGAAGAUAGAGUGAUCACCCUUGACAACCUUGAUUUUGACAAGAUAUCUGAUCUCCAUUCUAAUAUGUUCAGAUCUUUGUUAGAUGAACUGCCCAGUUCUGCAGUCUCUACAGCCCCUGCAGCCCACCCACAGCCCAAACAGGGAGAAGACAGGCCAAGCCGCAACAGAAUCAUUUAGGAAACCAGAAAAUAACAAACAAAUUCAAGGAACGAUAGUGGCCAGAUGUCACUACUUGAGGAAGGCCCUCAACCCUAACUGUGAUGUAAUACUGGUAAACUCCUAUAAUAUAGAUUUUUGGAUCAAAUGUGUGAAAUGUCACAUAUUUGGUUAUAAUAUGUAAAAUGAUAUGGACAUUAAUACUAUCAUACACUGUAUGUGAACCAUUUGUGAAAACUGUGGCUUUCCAGUGAAAUCCUCAAAUCAGCCACACACAAAUCAACUAUAGUGAGCAGCGACACUGUGUUUACAAACUUUGUUUCUGGUUAAAAUGGCAGCAAUAAUCUGGUACAAUACAACUAGAAGGGGUUAUAUGAGUGGGAGUGAACAACUGUGGGUGAUAAACCUCAACAACUAUCCUGUAUAAGCUUUCAUAAUGUCACAGGGUGGAAAUAUGAGCCAGGUGGCAAACGUGUCACGCCCUGACCUUAGAGAGCUUUAUAUUUCUCUAUUUGGUUAGGUCAGGGUGUGAUGUGGGGUGGGCAUUCUAUGUUCUAUUUUCUAUGUUUUGUAUUUCUUUGUUUUG